UGACAGGCCACCCUUUAUUUACCGUAGCGGCCCAUUAAUAGUGGCGCAGAAGCUUUACGCCUCUUAUUCCGCCCACUUUAACUGUUGCUGCUCUUUGCGAACCCACAGGGAAGAAGACAAAAAGCCAACGCGAUGGCAAAUGAGGCCAAGCCAUGCCCCUGUGAUAUUGGUGACCGGUCUGACUACGGAGGGCUGGGCCAGGAGGUCCAGAUCGAGCACUUCAAAGCGUACGUGGUGAAACCCUCCGGCGCGUCGGACAAGGCCGUGAUUGUGAUCCAAGACAUCUUUGGGUGGGAGCUUCCCAACACCAGAUACAUGGCUGAUAUGCUGGCUGCCAACGGAUACAUUGCUGUUUGUCCAGACUUCUUUGUCGGGAAGGAACCUUGGAGUCCAACCAAAGACUGGUCCACAUUCCAGGACUGGCUCAAAGACAAGAAACCAACAGACAUUAACAGAGAGGUUGAUGCUGUGCUGAAGUACCUGAAGGAGCAGUGUGGAGCCAAACGCAUCGGAACCGUUGGCUUUUGCUGGGGAGGGGUUGCGACACACUACAUAUCCUUGCUUUAUCCAGAAAUCAAAGCUGGGGUGUCAGUUUAUGGUAUAGUUCGUGAAAGGGAGGACAGGUACGCGCUGAAGAGCCCGACGCUGUUCAUCUUUGCAGAAAACGACAGUGUCAUCCCUCUUGACCAGGUCAGCGCCCUGGAGGCAAAUCUGAAGGGGAAAUGCAGCGUUGACUUCCAGGUGAAGACAUUUGCUGGACAGACCCACGGCUUUGUCCACAGGAAGAGGGAGGACAUCAACCCAGCUGACAAACCCCAAAUCGAGGAGGCAAGGAAGGACAUGCUCAACUGGCUCAAAAAGUACAUCUGAACGAGAUGUAAACGAGGCUGUAAAUGUAAAGCUUGAUCAAAUAUUGCUGUUCAUUUGCAAAUAUUGCCUUAGAAACCAUAUCAAGAACCAGAUUGUUAAAUGUGGCAGAUGGGUUAUACCAAUUUUUUUUGGGUUGAUUUUAUAUCGUGAUACAGAUGUUUUUAUGUUGGGGAAUAUGCAAUCAUUUAUGAAAAAAUAUUUUAACCAUCGUGAAUGUAUGCCUUAAUCAGACUGAAUGCAGUACAGAAACACUAUAAACAAUAAAAACUGAGUAUGCAAUGUCA